AUGGCAGUAUCCGCCCCUCCCCAACUCAAAGUCCUCAUCAAUGGCGCCGGCAUUGCAGGCUCAUGUCUAGCCUACUGGCUGACAAGAACACGACUCAAUACUUCCAUCACAGUUCUUGAGCGCUCGCCCACACCCCGAGUAACAGGUCAAUCAAUUGAGAUUCGCGGUACAGCCAUUUCCAUAGUCGACAAGAUGAAUCUCCUGCCCGAAGUACUUGCCCGCAACACCACCGAGCAAGGCACCCGCCUCGUCAACGCCUCCAACAAAAUCAUCGCAGAAUUCGGCAAAGGCGAAGCCUUCACAUCCGAGUACGAAAUCCUCCGCGCAGAUCUCUGCGGCAUCUUCCUCGACGCAACCCGCAAUGCGCCAAACGUGCACUACCAAUACGGCGACCACGUGACCAGCGUCUCGCAAACCCCCGACAAAGUAAACGUGCAAUUCCACAGCGGGGCCACCGACUCCUUCGACCUCAUCGUCGGCGCCGACGGCUCCACCUCGCGAAUCCGCUCGCUGGUGCUCAGUGACGAGGCGCAGAAGAACUGCUACAACUUCAUCGGCCAAUACAUUGCGUACUUUAGCAUCCCGCGCAUAUCAUCCGAUACAAACCAUUGGUACUGGUACAACGCACCAAAGGGCCUUGCCCUCAUGCUGCGUCCGCACCGCAACGACAAGACGGUGGGAUGCUACAUGGGCGUCACCACUCCCGCACACGGGCACCGCGAUCCCGCCGCCGAAAAGGCAAUGGACGGGGGACCGGCGGCGCAGAAAGAGUUUCUGACACAGUACUUUAAAGAUGCGGGCUGGCAGGCCCAAAGGAUAAUACAGGGAAUGCAGCGUAGCGAUGAUUUCUACAUGAGUCGCUCCGCGUACGUCAAGUUGCCUACGUGGACGAACCACCGCGCUGUGCUGCUUGGGGACGCGGCGCACGCGACGUUUGGGAGUGGGACGACGCUGGCGGUGCAGGGCGCGUAUUAUCUAGCUGGGGAGCUGGGGAAAGUGCGGAAGAGCGAGGAUGUGCCCGGUGCGUUGAAGAGGUAUGAAGACGCGUUUAGGCCGGUGCAGACGGUGGAUGGGACGUUGCCGCCGGGGUUCCCGCAGAUGGCGUUUCCGCAGACGGGGUGGGGGUUGAAGCUUAGGGAUGCGAUUGCGUGGGCUGUGGCGAAGAGUAGGGUGUAUAAGUUGUUGCCGAGCGAUAAGCCAGAUGAGUCGCAGUUGCCGGUGUAUGAGUGGACGGGUGCUUGA